UGGAUGCACCACUUACUUUGUCCUUCCCGACUUACAUGUCCCUGGUCGUGGUGUAUGGGAACAUUUUGAUAUACCGCCGUAAAAGGUUUGUUUUUUUAUAUAUAUAUAUACUUUUUAACAUUUUGUUCAUAACAAUUAACAAAUCAUUCCAAUUUACAUCUAUUACAAGUGUGACAAUCCUGAAUUGUUGGACAAUAGCAUGGACAGUCAUUCUCACAUGGAUUUUCUUGGGCACAAAAUACUCGGUUCAUCAGUUUGUGGGUUCGGCUAUUUGUGUGGCCGGCCUCAGCCUAGUCUUCCUUUUUGAUGCAGGGGUGGUCAGUGGAGGUGGUUCGAUUCCUGUUUUGGGUGAUUGUCUUCUAAUUGCAGGCUCGUUUUUUUAUGCAAUAAACAAUGUUGGAGAG